AUUUCCUCCAGCUGGCAACCAGGGGCACAAUGAUGGGAAUAUCUGUGGAAUGAUAAGGACCGUUAGCUCAGGAUGGGCAGGCGCAGAGAUCAGCUUUAACUUCAGCCGGUGGCGGUUCAGCUUGGAAAUGGAUGAGUUCCAUCCAUUCAUUGAGGCUCUGCUGCCCCAGGUUCGUGCCUUUGCUUAUACAUGGUUUAACCUCCAGGCCAGAAAGAGGAAGUACUUCAAAAAACAUGAGAAGAGGAUGACUAAAGAAGAAGAAAGAGCUGUUAAAGAUGAAUUACUGGGAGAAAAAGCAGAGGUGAAACAAAAGUGGGCUAGCCGACUUUUGGCUAAACUAAGAAAAGACAUCAGACCUGAAUGCAGAGAGGACUUUGUCUUGUCAAUCACUGGAAAGAAGGCUGCGUGUUGUGUCUUGUCAAAUCCUGACCAGAAAGGCAAAAUGAGACGAAUAGACUGUCUCAGACAAGCUGACAAGGUGUGGAGGUUAGACUUGGUGAUGGUUAUCCUCUUUAAGGGAAUUCCUCUAGAAAGCACAGAUGGAGAGCGUCUGGUUAAGGGAGGCCAGUGCUCCAAUCCUGUUCUCUGUGUCCAGCCACGACAUAUCUCUGUUUCUGUGAAAGAGCUAGACCUCUACCUCGCCUUCUAUGUACAGGAGAAAGAGGCAGAGCAGAGUAACAGUCCCAGUCGUACUGGAGUUGGCUCUGAUCAGGAGGACAGUCGGACAGCAACCAUAGAUGGCCCAGAGUUCCAGGAAAGUUUUGUGACUUCAGGAGUUUUCAGUGUUCCUGAGUUGGUCCAGGUCUCAAGAACUCCAGUAGUUACAGGAGUGGGACCUGGUUUCUCUAUUGGGGAGCUUCAAGGUCAUCUGGCCUAUGACCUUAACCAGUCCAUCAACCAACCGGUCAGCCUGCGACGGUCGCUGGCCAGCACGUCCUCCAGCGGGAGUAAACGCCUUAAGUCUGGUUCCAUUGAAGAGGAUGUUGACAGUCCUGGAGGGGAGUAUUACCAUUCACCUGCAUCUCCUGCAAGCAGCUCUAGGAACUGGACUGAUGACUUGGAAGGAGGUUUGUCUCCCCCAGUGAAGAAGGCAGAGCUGGACAGCCCUUCUCCACAGGAGGGCUCACCAAGGAUUGGAUCUUUCACUCAGCACCACCGGCCAGUCAUAGCAGUGCACAGUGGUCUCUCUCGAUGUCCUCAUCCCUCCUCAUCGCUUCACUUUCCGUCUUCUUCCUACUUUGCUCAUGGAGCAAUCCGAUACCCCCCCCAUCUGGCCCAGGACCCAUUGAAGGAUCUAGUCUCAUUGGCCUGUGACCCUGCAAAUCAGUCCCCCAGUUCUCUGAAUGGCAGCACUCAGGUUAAAGUGCCCAGCCAUUAUAUCUCCUCCCAGAUGUUAGCACCCCCUGGACCAGCAUCCUCCCUUCCCAGACCAGCAGCUCCCACAGAGUCCAAAGCUUCUACCUCCUCCUCUGAUGGAGGGGCAAAUUCCCCUACAUCACCCACAUACUCUGCUCCUGGGACCCCACCUGCCAGCCGGUCUUCCUUCGUUGGAGUCAACCCUCGAGAUCCUGGGGGGCUGUACCAAGCCCAGUCUUGGUAUCUGGGCAACUAAGCGAAGUUUGGCAGAAAGCUGAUGAAACAGAGAGCACGCUCCUGGAGGAAAUAAUCCCAUCAAGACACUAUCAGAGCAGAAGAUAUGUCCAGUUUUCUAGAAAUGCCACACCCUGGUCUCGUGCAUACAUAAAUAUAUACGACCAUGUAUUUAUGUAUGCUUUUCACAGGGGAGGACCACCUAGAUGGAAGGUGGAUGCUGCUCUGCCAUGUGGCGGUGCCUGAUUGAACUCUGCUGUAUAAUACUACAUAACUGUCAUAACUGACAGCUUCUGGGAUUUUAAUAUGAAGACCGUAAGUUGGUAAAGCUGUCAGAUUGAUUUCUAAAGAACUACACAUCAACUCUGCAGGUUCUGGGAAGCUUGUAAGCCCACUGCAUCCCAAGGAUGGACCCUGUGGUCCCAGGAUACAUGUCAGCCUUUAUUCCAGGCUGUCCGCUUUAAAUCCUUCUGGAGGCCUGUAUACAUCCCAGCUCCAAUGGCCGGAAACCCUGCCUUCUUCAAUGCAGGUGCUGCUUUUAAUAUAUGCAAACAAGCCUCCAUUCAUUUCCAGACUGACUAGAAUGUUUCUAUGUAUGUUUGUUUGCAUAUUUUAGUCUUUAUUGAGAUGAGCUGAGUUUCUUUUUCAUUCCCAUCCAUCCUGAGACAGAAACUUUCUUUUUUUGACAAUCAUCAAGCUGAAGCUUUUAGGUUGCAUUGCAAAAUGUUUAAUAUGCUUUUAAGAUGGAAACAAGGAGUGAAAUAAGAUUUCUCUUCUUGCCUUGUUCAACACAACAGAAGCACUUUUAGCGAUUGAGAGGAAAAGCUUGUAAACUUAUGUGGAUGUUUGAGAUAACAUGCUGGAGAUGUCGGUUCCUAUGGAGACAAAGGGUCUGCCUGUGAGUCAGAACACGUUGACAUGCAGCCAUGUUUCUGGGUAAUGAAGGUGAUCAGUGUAGAAAGCAAUGCAGCAACCUGCGGAUGCUGACUUGUUUGUGUUUGUACAUUCUCUUUCCUGCUGCGUUCUGAGGUGAUGUUAUGUUCAUGUGUGUGUUUUGGAGCAGAAAGCCAACAGUGCACCAUGGUCUUGUUGACCUCCCUUUUUAAAAAAAAAGACUUGCUACUGUGGCGUGUUGCUAAGCCUGACUGUGCUCUAAAGUGUUUGUGGUGUGCUGGAGACCUACAUACUGAGCUGAAGAGAGGAGGACAAUGUCUCUUUGACUUUUAGAAAGACUAUUGGGCUCUGUUACAUUCUGUAAUGGCCAACCUCAACCUUAUGUGCACUGUAUGUACACUGUGUAGGACCUCAGAUUGAGUUUCAGACCAGAGCUGAAAUCAGCAAUGGUGUAAGGAGGCAAGCUAGGACCAGGAUUUUAAGGCAGAUGUCAUUUAUUAUUAUUAUUAUUAUUAUUAUUAUUAUUAUUAUUAUUAAUAAUAUUAAUAAUAAUAAUAAUAAUAAUAAUAAUAAUAAUAAUAAUAUUUCUAAAUCGUGCUGCGUAGAACAUAUUAAACAUGAUCAGUGUUGAAUUUCAUCAGAGUAAUCCCCUGCUGUCUUUAUGUAAAGGAGACUCAAAUCCACAUUCUUAUAAUGAAACCAAAUCACAGCAGUAUUCUCAUUAUCUCUAUUCCUACACUCCUUUAGUAUAUAACUCGUCAUCGCUCUUUCAUUUGUUGCUAUGGAGAUCAAAACACUAAACAUAAGUUAACAAAGAAAUACUUGCCCAGGACAGAUAGCACAGACCCAUUCAAUAAAUUAGAAUAUUAUCAAAAAGUCAAUUUAUUUCACAAACUUCAUCUGUAAGUGAAACACAUGGUAUAGAUUAAUAACACGUGGGCGGAUGUUUGAAAGCCCUUAUUUCCAUUAAUAAUAAUAAUAAUUAUCCACUUACAUUUAAUGAAAAUAUGACAAUUAAAAUAAAUUAAAUAAAAUAAACAUUUUAAUACAGAAAUGUUGCCUUAUAGUUAAAAGUAUGUUUAAUACUUUAACUUUAAUGCUUAGAGGUUAUUUUCAAAAGUUGCUUUUGAUCUGACAAAUGAUCCUUAUCGGAACACAUGCUAUAAGUUAUUUAAUACGAUUACAGAUUUGAGCAAACAAAGACUUGUAUUAUUAAGAGUUUACCAAAAUGUGUCCAUCGGAUGGUGAUGGGUUCUAGAAGAACUAAAAAGCAAACUAAAUGUUUCUGUUUGUAAAAGCCUCCCGAGACUUUAAGGCUUGGUACUCAAUGCUUUGCUCAUCAUUUGUGUGACCUAGAAUGUCCUGCAGUUUGUUAUUUGAAGACUAAACAUGGUGUAAUCUGUCUUGUCCUGGGCAGAAGUCAGACAUCUGGUGGAAACCAGUAAUACACAAGACUGGGCCCCAUAGCAACACUGGAUCAUAAAGGUUCUGAACAUCUGGCAAAGCACAGAGAUUGUGACCCUCAGUCUACAGUUCACUUUGCUGUUCUAUACUCCAUGAUGCAUCAGUUUUAUUUCCCACCUGUAACAUCUACAAACUAAAUUUUAUGUUAUAACAGUGCACUUUAUCUGAUUAGAGCUGUUGUUUAUUAGCUCAUUUCAUCCCAUCGCUUUCAGUACGAGCUGCUUAGUAGUGCUUUUUGUCCAAACCUUGCAUGUUUUAAUGAUAAAAGUUAUUUUAUACCUGCUUUGACAGCCCAUAAUUUCAAAUAAUCUUCUUUAUCAAGAUUGUCAAACUCCACUCCUCAAGUGGUUUGUGUUCUGAAUGUUUAAUGAUCACGAGGGAUGACUGUUGGGCCUCUGCAGAGCUGGAUUACAUACUGAGGUAGAGAUUCAGCCAUGCAUUCACCUGUGUUACAGCAGACUCACAUCUAAAACAACACUUCUCCUAGCAAAGAGCUGGACACCUUCGUUCUAUAAUACACUCCUAGCCUGUGUCCAAAGUGUGUCCUGUCAGUCAUUUACAGCCAUCAGAAUGAAUUUGCAACCUUCACUGAAGGCUGGUACCAAUCAUUUGCUGCAUAUAUAAUACAGAACAGACAAACAAGGCCUUUCAGAGCACAUGCAGUCUAGUUAAAGUCUUAAAAUGGAAAAAUACAAAGCAUUAAUCCUUUAUGAACUAUGUUUUGGUGCUUCAAUUUGAAUAUCAAAGGAAAUAAAACCAUUGACAUCCAGUACCUUUUUGUCAAAGGCAGAGUGUGGUGCAGCUGUUAAUCUUAAAUACAGCAAGGUUUGUCAAAGAAAGAGUGACCCAUAUUUGGUUAUGAGAUUCAGAAUUAAAUUUUGUUCAAGAAAAGAUUUUGCCCAGAAAAUCUAGAAUGUAUUAUUUCUGUUUCUAUAAGAAAAACAUACAAACCCCUGUUAUGUUUAGCAUAGUCAAUGAUGUACAGAUCUUUUAGAAAAGUAUGACUAGUUUUUUCAUUUUAUUGAAGUUUUCGGUGUUUAUUCUAUUGUUGUGCAGGUAAAAGGAUUAAAAAAUGACUACCGUUUUAGAUCUAAUCUCA